AUGUCCGAGCCCAAGCAGGACGGGGCCCCGCAGGGCAUGCAUUCGCGGAGGCCACCUGCCCACAAGUCCGUAUCUCUCCUUCACUCCCCCGGAAAGCGUAAGCAUGCAGACGACCUCGUCGACCCGCGUUUGUCGCGCACCUCCUCCAAUGUGCCCUCCAGCGACCGUGCCAACCCACCUUCGCCCGGCUCAUCGAAGCCGGGUACCAAGAAGGAGAGCUCGGGCGAGGUGAGCGAUGCUGGCAAGUGGUUCGAGACGUCCAACAACAACAUCUCGCAGAACAGUACCGGCUUCGUCGACAAUGAUCCCCCUUUCUUCUUCCGUAACUCAUCAUCUUCCACUUCGCCCGAGAUGAACCCCGUGCAGAUGCAGAUGCAAGGGCAGACCUCGAUGCCUCAUCGACCUGCGUUGAUGAACAUGCGCACCGACGGUAGCAGCACGGAAGAGUUCCGGAGCGUCAUUGACGACCUGACCAUCGAGAACAAGAAGCUGAAGAAGAAGCUGAGAAAGUACGAAAAGGUGCACGAUGCUCACUUGCAGAACGAAAAGCUCUUCGAGGUGCGCGUGCACGGCCUGCCGCCGCACAAGAAGCUGGAGCUCGAGGAGACGCUGAGAAAGUUUGCCAUGGAGCUGGACGACGGUACCGUCGAGCCCGUCAAUAUCGAACGAGGCCCCGCUCUCAACCCGCAUAAUACCCUCUCGUCCUAUACCUCCACCCAAUUCGGCGAUUCGGCCUACAUGUCCGCAUCGGGGCAAAACUCGAACACUGCUUCCGGUGGCAAUGGCAGCGGCAUUGGCAACGGCGGCCAAUCCGACCCCAAACCCCCUCCGAAGAACAAGUCACGAUACCACCGCCAGCACGACAGCAUCCAGUCCUACCUGCAAGAUAUCCCUGCUGGUUUGAUGCCGAAGACGAUCGCCAUGACCGAGUCGGCCAAGAAGAAACUCGUUGUUCGACGGAUGGAGCAGAUCUUCGCCGGAAAGGGUGCAGGCGCCGGCGGGCAUCAACAGCCCAUCCAGCAGCAGGAAGUUGCCCAGUCCGCCGCCCAAGCUGACCGAGCGGCAAUCGAAGAGGAGACCGGUCAAGAAGCUCGUAAGGAAGGUAUGAGAGAAGCGCGAAUCAUGCUCGGCAAGGCGGAGUCGCGUCGCCCGCCGGUCAAAGAGCGUUCCGAGGGAGAUGGUGUCCCCCCGAAAGGGAUCCCGACGACGCUCAAGAAGAAGGUGUCGGAUCGUGACUUUGCCGAGUCUGCCUCUGGAAACAACUCGCCCGAGCAGCGUCCGACACGCCCCCUGGACCUCGAUCCGCAGAGAGCCCAGGUUCCGACUGAUAACAUCAACUACAUUCGCCACCUCGGCUUUUCGCCACCUGAUCCCGAGACGCCUCCCGUCGAUGGCCACGGAUGGAUCUACCUCAACCUGCUUGUCAACAUGGCCCAACUGCACACCAUCAAUGUGACGACCGACUUCGUCAAGAAAGCGCUGCAGGACUACAGCUCCAAGUUGGAGCUAUCCCAUGAUGGACGCAAGAUUCGGUGGAAAGGUGGCCAGGACACGUCGCUCAACAGCAGUGAUAGCUCACCGGAGCAUCAGUAUGAAAUGCUCAAGUCAAACGUCAAGAAGGUAGGCAAGAAGCGACAGAAGCUUGGCCCAAGCAGCACCAACACCUCGAGCGAAGCGACUGGCCAGUCUUCGGAGCAGCAACGGAGCGCCAACCAUCUGGCGUACACGCCUCUCUUUUACCACAGAGAGUCGACCGAUGACUACGACGGUUCCAACAUGGAUCACAACUCCGAAGAGGACGCAUCUCCGCUCCCAGCCCAGGCCACCGGCAACACAUCUUCGGGUUUUGCUAGUUCCGGCAUGCGGACUACCUCUUCGAAGCGGAAGCGGGAUGACGGACCCAUCAUUUUCUACAACAAGGCCAAGUUCUGCACCGACCUCAGUGGUGAUCGCAGCACGCACGAUUCCCGAGGUUAUACCAAUUACAAUAACUACACCAACAUGCCACUGGGCACCACACCUGAGGAGAAGAAGGGGGGACCCGUCCCUUCUGACGAUGAGCGUCGGGGACCUCUAGCACGCGCCGCUCUCCACGAGAUGGAUGUCGACAUGGAGCCAAUGUCGAGUGACAUUGACUUCGAGUUCUCCGACUCCUCGUCCACGACUGGGGACGUGCCUCCGAAAACGUAUCUUGACUUUGAAGUUUCCGGUAUUGGUGGUGUAGUGCCCGAGGACAACUUCUCCAUCGAUGUCGAGUGUAGGCAGGUGCGGAGCGAGUCUACCCUGACCGUCAACUACGCGUCGCACACGCCUCGAGUGGUCCGCUAUCCCCGCAAGAUCAUGCGUGCUCUGCACACGAGUUCGGACGACGACUCGACGGGACCGUUGGAAAUCACGCGGGUGAGGACUCCCGUCGUCAACGGGGAGAUCAUCUCGGCACAGCGAAAGCGCCUUCCGCCAUCGGUGCUGCCUCCCCCAUCUCUCCUUCCGUUCGACUCUUCAUCUGGAGAUGCAGAGUCGGAUAUGAGUGACGUAUCGGGAUUGGAUGACGAGUUCGAAGUGUCAGACGAGCCACCUACGGCCGCCCCCCGUCUCGUGGAGAUGUCAUCUCCUGAAGAUGAGACAGAGGGAGGAAGCGGCGAUGAGGAAGAGGAUGCGGAAGACUUCGUCGAGGAAGACGACGGGUCGCUCGACUUCCUCGCGCAGGCGAGAGAAAUUGACCCCGAGAACAUCCGGAAGCGCGAGCGCGAGUACGACGCAAACAUGGCGGAUAGGCUGGCGGAGGAGAUUCCUGCGGGCUCCUCCGCUGCCACUGCUGGAGGUGGCAGUGGCUUCAACAGUCCCGCUUCGCUCAAGAUAGACGACGGAGACGAAACCGAGAUCGAGGACGAGUGA